UUCUGUGUUUUGAGCGUGGAAAAUGAUGGCUACGGGCGGUGAUCCAUCGAGACCUCAACCUGGAACCGCCGCUGGAGGUGGUGGUGUUGGCACACGGAGUAGUGUGGACGGCCGAGGAGGAUAAGAUCUUGAUGAUAGGGUUCAAAAAGUACAACCAGAAGGCCACUUUUGCCGCAUGUGAGGAAAUUGCUGCAGCAUUGCCUGGAAAGACAAUCCUCGAUGUGGGCCUGAGGUGUGAAUGGUUGUUGGUGGCAAAAAAAAUAAAAACUCUCUCAAAUUAUCAUAUGGUGCGGCCAUUAGCACACAUGUCUAGCGAAGAUAAUUGUGAGGCGAGAAGAAACCUCCUUGACUCAACUGAAGAUAUUCUGAAGAAAGUUCGUGAAAAUCCCCAGACAAACGAAAACAUGGAACUUCUCUACAGUGCAUUGAAGAAUAUUGUCAAAUUUAUGGAGUAUUACUGGACUAAUGGUGCCCAAAAGUGAGCGGAGAAAAAUGCCACUUCAUGUGAAGUUGAAUAAGUGACUUGCGUAGUUUAUGUUGGCCAGAGUUCCAAUUCAUCUUAUGGUGCAUUAUCACAGUAGGGAUUACUUGUUCAAAUUCUCUUGCAGAUAUACAUUAGUUUUUUUUUUCGAAUUUCCAAUAAAAAACAAGUCUUUUAUUGUCCAAUGUUCUCA